AUGAACCUCACCUCCUUCGCUGCGCUCCUUUUGAGCAUUGGGGCGAAGAUUAUUCCUGUCUCCGAUUCAGAAGGUCUAAGAAGUGUUGGGGCGCAUUAUUCCAAAUAUCCGGAUCGGAAGACCGUGACAAUUCGCCCAUCCAAGAACGACUAUGACGAUAUCUCGAGUGACUUCCUCUGGGGAAUCAAGCAGGCCAACCAGGGUGGACGACUGCUACUGGAAAAGGGCAAGAAAUACGUGAUUGGGAAAAAGCUGGAUCUGACGUUCUUGGACAAUAUUGAGGUGCAAUUGGAGGGUGAGCUCAAGUUCACGAACAAUAUCACGUACUGGCAGGCCAACAACUACUACUAUGACUUCCAAAAGUCAAUCACCUUUUGGCGCUGGGGUGGAAAUGAUAUCAAGAUCUUUGGCAGUGGUACGUUGAACGGCAACGGACAGGCUUGGUACAACGCGUUUGCUGGACUCGAAAUCUUGGACUCUUCCAACACCUUUUACCGGCCGAUUCUGUUCCUCACGGACAACGCAACUCGAGUAUCUGUGGAGGGUAUCACCCAGCUUAAUUCGCCAUGCUGGACCAAUUUCUUCGUCAACACCAAGGAUAUCUCCUUUGAUGAUGUGUUUAUCCAUGCUUACUCGACCAAUGCCUCGGCUCUGCCCAAAAACACCGACGGUUUUGAUUCGUACAAUGUCGAUGGACUAACGGUCACCAAUACCCGGGUCGAUAUUGGCGAUGACUGCUUCUCGCCCAAGCCUAACACCACCAACAUCUUCGUUCAGAACCUAUGGUGUAAUAACACGCAUGGCGUGAGCAUGGGUAGUAUUGGACAAUAUUCAGGGGAGCUGGACAUUAUCGAAAAUGCGUGGAUAGAGAAUGUGACGCUGCUGAAUGGUCAGAACGGCGCCCGACUCAAGGCUUGGGCUGGACAGGAUGUGGGCUACGGUCGCAUCAACAACAUCACCUAUAAGAACAUCCAGAUUCAGAACACCGACAACCCGGUAGUUUUGGAUCAGUGCUACUUCAACAUCAAUGCAACGGAGUGCGCCCAGUAUCCGUCUGCAGUCAACAUCACGAACAUCGUGUUUGAGAACAUCUGGGGCACUUCGUCGGGUAAAGAAGGCCUAGUGGUUGCCGAUCUGACCUGCUCACCGGCUGCUGUCUGCACAAAUGUCACGCUGCAGGAUAUCUCGUUGACAAGUCCGGCGGGCAGCCCGGCGGAGAUUGUCUGCACUGGCAUUACCGGGGGUAUUGGAGUGGAUUGUGGCAGUGGAAAGACUACUCUGCUCGAGCACAUCCUCCAGUCGCCCGACCAUGGCCUUCGCAUUGCCGUGAUCGUCAAUGAUAUGAGCAGCCUCAACAUCGAUGCCACUCUCAUCAAGCAUCACACCGUCUCGCAUACCAAGGAAUCCCUUAUCCAGCUCCAAAACGGCUGCAUCUGCUGCACGUUACGAGGAGACCUCCUCUCAGAGCUCGCGCGACUCACGACCCAGAAGGAGGUCGAGUACGUCGUGAUCGAAAGCACAGGCAUCAGCGAGCCCAUGCAAGUCGCCGAAACAUUCACCGCGGAAUUCAGCGCCGCAAUGGUCCAGGCUGAAGCAGAAGGGGGUGUACUAGAUGAAGAGGGCAAGAAGAUACUGGAUCAAAUAAACACUUUAGGCGGCCUCCACCAACUCUCAACACUUGACACCACAGUAACAGUAAUCGACGCCUUCAACCUCCUCUCCAACCUGGAUACAACAGACUUCCUCUCCGACCGGUACGGAUCCGACACCAUCAUCCCAGAAGACGAGCGCACCAUCUCCGACCUAAUGGUCGACCAGAUCGAGUUCGCCGACGUCAUUCUCAUCAACAAGAUGGAUAUGCUAGCAGACCGGCCGCAGGACCGUGAGAGAAUCCUCCGGCUCGUGACGACCCUAAACCCCUCCGCGAAGGUCCUCCAGACGAGCUACUCCCGCGUGGACGUAAAGGAGAUCCUAGACACGGGCCGGUUUGAUUUUAUCAAGGCGGCGUCCGGGGCGGGGUGGUUGCGGAGUCUGCAUGAGAUGAGUAAGUUGAAGAUGGGGAAUGGGGAAGAGAGGUGGGCGCCGAAGCCGGAGACCUUGGAGUACGGGAUCAACAACUUCGUCUACACGGCUCGACGGCCCUUCCAUCCCCGCAGGUUAUACAACUUGCUACACGACAAGUUCAUAAUUCUACAAAAUGCAGCAGAUGAUGCGGACGAUGAUGAUGAGGAACAGGAAGAGGGAGAGAACGCUUCUGACGCAGAAUCAGACACGGGAAUACACUCCGAGUCCGACUCCGACGCGGAAGAAGACGACGACGAUGAAGGAGAGCCAACCCAACCCGCCCCGCAAGAAAUCCUCGCCAAUAAACGCGCUCACCCCAUCCUCCAACCCCUACUCCGUUCCAAAGGCUUCUUCUGGCUCGCCACCCGACCCUACCAGUUCGGCGAAUGGAGCCAGGCAGGCGCCAUGUUGACCAUGAACUGCGGAGGGCCGUGGUUUGCCGAGGUCCCGGACGAGGCGUGGCCGGAGGAUGGUGAUGUGCGGAAGUCCAUCGCGGAUGAUUUCCAAGGGGAGUGGGGUGAUCGGCGGCAGGAGAUCGUGUUUAUCGGAGAAGGGGUAGAUGUAGACGGGGUGACGAGGUUAUUGGAUGAGUGUUUGUUGAACACGAAGGAGAUGAAGAAGUGGGAGAAGGUGAUGCGAGAUAGGAAGAUGGAGAGGGGAGAGAAACAGGAGGUUAUGUGGGGUAUAUGGGAGGAUGGGUGGGAGGAGUGGCCUGCUGUAGAUGAGGAGGAAGAAGACGAUGAGAAGAUGGAGGUCGAAGAGGAAAAGACAGAAGGGGAGAAGAAGAAGAGGAGGAUCAGUGAGUUCAUGCAUGGGGGUCAUCAUAGGCAUAGUACGCACAAACAUAGGUAAUUUAUCAAAUGGCUCAGAAGAAUAAAAGCAUGGCUGUUCUGUUCUGAGAGGUUUACCGUAAAGCCAGCAUGGGCUUUGUUGAAUUUGUAUA